AUGACUCACUCCGACCUGGUGAUUUCAAUAACACCACUCCUUACACGGCUUGCUUACCCAGAUACAGGCGGAACUGGGGUUUCUGCAGGAGAAAUCGCGGGUGCUUUCUCUCUUAUAUUCGAGGAUAGACUAUCUCUCAUACAGACAGCGGCUCUCCUAACACUGCUACACUCCACAGGCAAGGACAGGGACCCCGAUGUGCUUGCGCAAUGCGCAAUGCGUAUGAGAGAAGCUGCUGAGCCAAUUGAGCAGACAGCACUACGCGCAUUGGUUAAGGGACGAGCUAGAAAUGAGGGCUCUUACAGAGGAGGUUUUUGUGACAUUGUUGGAACAGGAGGGGAUUCGCAUCGCACAUUCAAUAUCUCUACAACAUCUUCCAUCAUCGUGUCGCCGCUGCUAAUAGUAGCGAAGCAUGGAAAUCGGGCACAAACGUCAUUUUCAGGUUCCGCAGACGUCUUGACUUCCAUAGCUCCGACUCCACCAAACAUAUCCAAUGUCCGACCCGAUAACAUCCUGAAAGUAUAUGAACAGGGGAACUACUGUUUCCUCUUCGCGCCAAACUUCCACACAGGCAUGAGGUUUGCCACUCCGGUUCGAAAAGGGUUGGGUAUACGGACAAUAUUCAAUCUCCUCGGGCCCCUAGCAAACCCAAUCGAAUGGGGUGUUGAAGCUCGCGUGGUUGGUGUCGCAUACCAGUCGCUGGGUCCCAUAUUCGCAAACGUUCUGAGGCUCGGCGGAGCUAAGAAGGCGAUGGUUAUAUGCGGAGAAGAAGAUUUGGAUGAAAUCAGUUGUGCUGGAAAGACCAACUGCUGGAGACUGUCCGAGCAUCCCAACCCUGAUUAUAAUGAGGAGGACAGUGAGACAAGCGAUGAGGAAGCGCCACCCCGAAAAGUGAUAAAGAUAGAAUCUUUCCAGCUUCAACCCUCCGAUUUCGGACUUUCAGUGCACCCUCUUUCAGAGGUUGGUGGGGGUAAAAUGCCUGCCGAAAAUGCAAUGCUUUUGAUGAAGAUGCUCCGAAACGAGCUUCCUCGCGAUCAUCCGAUAUUGGAAUUUGUUCUCAUGAACGCUGCAGCUAUGUUGGUCAUAUCUGGCAUCUGUGAUGCUGAUACAAGCAAUAUGGGACCAGGCGAUGACGGGGAAGUGAUUAAAGAGGUUGGUCCAGGCGGCGGACGCUGGAAGGAAGGCAUUCGAAGAGCACGAUGGGCAAUCGAGAGCGGGGAAGCACUUAAAAGCUUGGAAAAGUUUAUUCAAGUAACCAACUCUUCGUAA